AAUUCCUAUUUUUAAACGUUCCAAAAACAGUUGGAAACAAAUAGACUAAACAUGCUAUAAAGCGAUAUAGAAAACAAACAAAUAUUGCAUAGUGUAGUCAAUAAUGUUUUAAAAUUUUGCAAAGAAACUUUAAAUAAAAAAUCAACAGAGAGACGUUUAUACAGAAUUUUUGGAACUUGUUAUUAUUUUUUUAGUUGGUAUACCACCUAGAGAUAUUCACUUUCUACGUCCAGGAGCUUAUCAUCAUGCUAGAAUUAUGUGAUAAGUAUCCCAUAUCAAUUUAUUUUUCAAAAAUUAUGUUACAUUACUUACGGGGAUUGGUUGAUGAUGAAGUAAAUGGAUAUGAAUCUUCUAUGAAUAAAUAUUGUGAUGAUGUUAGGGAUUCAAAGAAAUAUAGCAAAGAAAUUCGAAAAAUAUUGGGAAAGUUAUUAGACAGGAUAAUUAAUGAAAAGAAUAAAAGGGAGUUCAUAAAAGAAUAUAUUAGUUGUAUUCUUAAAGAUAUGAAAAAUGACGAAGCAGAUUUAAAAAAAAAUCUACGUGAAGUCAAGAUAAAGAAUAAUGGUACCAUUAAAAUAAAUUAUGUAACAAAAAUCAUGGAAAAUCCAUUCUUAAGAGAUCUUUCUAACUCUGAAACAAUCUGUAAAUUAUUAACCAAAAAAAAAUUAGAGCAUCUGGUUGGAAACUUUUUGCCGAUUAUUGAAGACAACGAAUACGUUGAAUACAAUGAAGAUGAUAAAGACGAUAAAUUCAACUCAUAGUUUAUAAAAUUUUAUUAUAACUUUUUGUUCUAUAAUAUAUAUAUAUAUUCAUAAUUAUCUAAAUUAUAAUAAAUAAAAGACCCUCUUUAUUCUUUGGUGCCAUUUUGGCUGUAUUCAAAAGAAUAUAAAAAAGUCAAACGACCUCAAGAAAAAGUAGAUUCAUAGAGGUUUUGAUUAUACAUCGAAUAUCAUCUUGCACUGUCAAGUUUUCGACACUUUCAUAUAAUUUUUUAUAUAAUAUUUUAUAUAAUUAUUGUAUAAACACUUAUUUGAAGUGUUUAUAAGAAAUGUAUCGAUUAAAUUCCCUUAAAAAUUAUCAUAGAAAACUUAAGAGUGCAAGAUAAUAUUCGAUGUAUAAUAAAAAACUCUAUGAUACUGUUUUUUCGUGAGGUUGUUUGACAUUUUUAAAUUCUAUUGAAUAUCCCCAACUAGGGAUAUUGUCAGCGCCUUUUAGUGGAUAUAUUUAUACUGUAAAAAAAUUAAGCAUUACAUGAUUGUUAUUUUAAAAUUAGACAAAGUGUACAGUAUUAUGAUAGUUAAAUUAUUUUUUGUAUACAAGUAAUAUAGAAUACAGAUUAUAAAUUUUUCGUUGAUAAAUGUAAGAUGCGUAAUGAAGUGAAUUGGGCAUAUUACUACAGUUUGUAUUUCGUAUCUUAAUGUUGACUAUAAUUACAAUUAAUUUACAAAAAAUAUAAUGUUGUUAUUAGUUUAAA